CCGUGCUAGACGCUAGUGUCUUGCCAGGAACCAGUAGCCAGUAACAUAAAAAUUAUUGGCGUUCGCCAUUCACUAAUUUUUAUUCCCACUAUGACACUAUCCAUUUAUAUUUAAAUAUUAUUCACUAUUAUCCCUCCCAUCAAUAACCAACAUGUUAUACCUCCUCACGUACCAAUCAAAACAAUUUUUUGUCAGAGUAUGAAAAAAAACAUUACGACAUCCGAAGGUCAGCCACACAAGUGGUCCGGCUUAUUGCUACUUCAAUAAUUGAUGUUCCUGUAUUAAUAGACUAUCUACCUAUAAUUAGUAUUGAAAACAUGAGUCUCACAGACACCAUCGGCAAGUGUGCUGCUAUUGCAACUAUUGGAACAUUCUUUGCUCCUGUUCUUAUAUGUCGAGAUAUAGUAAAAAAUAAAAGCACCAAAAAUGUUGAUCCUACACCUUUUAUUGGAGGUAUGGCUAUGUCCAUACUUAUGAUCAAAAAUGGAUUACUUAUGAAUGAUCCUAAUAUUAUACCAGUUAACAUUUUUGGAUUUAUUUUAAACUUGAUUUAUUUUUUAGUUUUUUAUUUUUUUACUGCUGAUUCGAAACCAUUACUUUCAAUGUUAACUAAAGCUACAUUAUUCACUGGUGUGUUAUGGGGAUACUCAGCAAUUGAAGAUGAAAAACUAAUUGAAUACCGUUUUGGAGUUAUUCUCACUGUAUUAAUGUUGGCACUUAUUGGAUCUCCUUUAUUUUCUUUGAAUGAUAUCAUUAAAAAUAAAGAUGCAUCAAUGCUACCUUUUCCAAUGAUUUCUUCUGGAGCUUUUGUUGCAUUCUUGUGGUUAAUUUACGGGUUGUUAAUAGACAACAUUUUUAUUAAGGUUCAAAACAUAGUUGCUGUUAUAUUGUGCUUGAUACAAUUAGGAUUAAUAUUCAAAUAUCCUAAACCAGAAAGCAAGAAACGUGAUUAAUUAACAUAGUUAAUAAUUUAAUGUAGCAUUUAUCUAUGUGUACUGUGAUUAUCUUAUGGGUCCUUUAAUAUUAUAUUAAUAUAAUAUUCUUACAUUUCCAUUAUUUUGAGUGCUAUUUUAUGUACUUAAUUAGUGAUUGGUAAGCUUUAGAUUGUUCUUAAAUUCCAAAAUGUGAUUGUCAAAGUAAUAGAUAUUAAUUACGUGCCAUCUUUUGUUUUAAAUAGCUAUAAUUACUAAAUAUUAGCAUACAAAUUACAAAUAGUCAAAAUCAUUCCAAUAAACUAAAUUAAUUUAGUUACUUAUUUCAUUGUUGUGUAGUUGUUUAAAUUAUUGUAAUCAUAAAUAAAAUUGUAGGUAUUAAA